UUAUAAACACGGAUCAGUGUGUAACCUAAAAUAUACAAAUAUAUAAAUAUAUUAUACAUAUAUACAUACGGAUAAAGUAAAUAAAAAUUAUAAUAUAAAGUAAAUAUAUUAUUUUGUAUAAAUUUUGCCAAUAUAAUUAUAAAUGGAGAGAAAACUAAUGUUAAUAGAAAUUGCAUAUUAACAGGUCUUGGGAUAUAAGGGGGAAGCAAGUCGUAUUUGGAGUUCCAGUGCCAUUAUAGUUCAUUCUCAAUACUGCCAUUAUUCCAUUGCGAAAACUAUGGUCGAUUGAUUUCUGGAAUAUUCGAAAUUUUAAAAUAAUGAUAUUCUAAAAUGUCGGUUGACAUUCCAUUCAUAAAAUUAGUUGACAUUUGUAAAAAGGUACGGCGUAAAUUAAAAUGUAUAAUAUAAAAAUGUGUUUCACGCGGUGUCUAUUAUUUAUAUGUAUAUUUCAACACGGUAUCGCAAAAGACACACUUCCCGUAUUCUUAAUAGACCAUGAUCAAGUUUUAGAACAAUUAGUUGAGCCAAAUCCAUUCACCAGAACAGGAAGUGCCAUGUUUUCCGACAUCGUAGACGAUGCUAUGAAGCAGUCUUCUAUUCUUGUCAUUUUUGUGGAAGAACAGUUUUGUACUGAAGAUGUAAGCGGGAAAGACGAAAGUGGGACACCAUACCAUAAUCUGCACGAAGAUAUAAUAAAAUACAAAGUAAAAUAUAUUCCUAAUGUUGUUAGUCCAUUAAAUACAGUGAGCCGUAUUUUGGAACCAACGCAAAUGAAUGUGUUUGUAUUGGAACCAGGACAAAUAUUUCAGCCAACGGAAGAUUUGAAGUAUUUCUAUAUUUUUUUCCAAGACAACGAAGGUGAAGAGACGAGAAUUGAAGCUUUACGCCGUCAUGAUACCGCUAUGCAUGAGAUUUAUGGGACAAUCCGUAAAAUAACUAAUGGCGCCGUCGUAGGAAUUUAUACAGGCAAAGUUAAUCCUAUUAUGUUGACCUCUUACCGCAGUGGUAUCAUAGGUGCUGAGAGAUCAUCCUCUGAUAAUAGCGUAUUUUUAGCAGCUAAUUCAAGUCUGCUUAAUUUCAUAGGACUAUCACUGAAAGAAGCUAGUCCUACCAGUAAUGUAACUCCUCCCAAUCCAGUUUUUUUGGAUGAUAUGGUAUCUAAGAAAGGUAAUAUGGAAUAUCUCGAAUUUAAUGUUCAAUACCACACUGUCCAAUUGAGGUACUAUUUUAAAUUUACAUGGGACUACUGGUUUCUAGAUAAUAUCACGUUAUUUGAUGCCGCAGAAAAAGUUGGGUCAGUUAAAUUCGAUAUCAAGGUGCCCAUUGGCAUGUCGUAUUAUUGUGAUGAGCCGAAAAAAAUAGUGAGUAGUGUUGAUGGAACUACUGUCAUGAUGUCAGAAUAUCAGAUUCAACCUUUUGCUUCAUUUCAAAGUGAAAAUGGAAUGGGUGCGACAAAAUUCUUGGGCGACGUAGUGAAAUGCAACGCAUACUUCAAUAUAUACAUAUUAACAGGACUCGUGAUGGCAGCGAUAUUCUUCAUCCCUUUUCUGAUAGGAUUGAGGUUUCUCUUCAGAGUUCGUUCAAUCAACCGUUUCGAAGAUCCUUGUUGCAUGCCUAUUAUGUUAUCCGCAGAUGGAUAAGUUAUAUAAAAAGUAGCGGUAGAUAUGUAGCUAAACUAGCAGACUGUUUUAAUUUUUUAUAUGCAUUAUCGUUAAUACUGAAGAAGUUUUAUUUGGCUAUAAUAAUGCACAAAUCUUAUUUGAUGUCGAGACAUAACAAUUGUUUUCUGUCACACCGAUUCUUAGAAUUUGGAAUAAGUACCUAUGUAAAUGUUAUGUUCAUUGUGUCCAUGCUCAGUUCAUGAUACUGAAUAAAUAACUUUUUGCUCAAGAAUGCGAAAAAACAUUUUGUUCCAUGAUUGUUCCAUACAAAUCAAACACCUAACUUUAGGAUCAGAAUGUCAGCUUAUUUUUUCCGUUAUUUCGGGGUUACCCAUAACUACGAAAAGUUUUUCAGUAACAUGGAGUAAGCAUGUGGACAAAAUAAUGCCAAAUGAGGUGUGUAUAUGUUAUGAACCAUGUGAUUAAUUAUAACACUAAUAUACCUAUGUUCACUUUAAUUAUGGACAAGCCAUUUCGGGUGAAAGAAAUUAUUACAUAUAAGUAGUAAUAAAACUCUAGGGGUAGGUACGACAGGACUACGUGAAGUCGAUUGAACAGCAAUUCGUUUCUGUCACUAAGUUAAUUAGCAAUAGUGAAAAAACCUUUUUUAAUAUUGUUCUGUCCCAUUGACGUACUUACAUAAUAAUUAUACCUAGAUAUUUUGAUUAUAUUAGCAUAUUGCCCUUUCAUUAUUCAAGUUGCGCGGGCAAUUUGUCCAAUUACUUGGUCCAUAACAAAGUAUGUAAGUAAUACCUAAUAUUAGUUUUUAUGUUAGCAAAAUAGUACUUAUCUAAUCUUUACCACAGUAGCAGUGGCGUAGCGUGUCUUAAAAGACAAAUAAAAAUUGGGGCCCCAAAUUAAUGGUAAAAAAUACUCAUUGACUUAAUAAUAAAGUAUACGUGUAAACAUUGUUCUCCGUGUUUUGUCAUGGUUACAUUGGUUAUUGCGGAAUUCUUCCGUUUGUUAUUACUCAAACAGAAUGUAGGAACAAAAAAACGAUAUAGCAUGUUGCUAAAUUUGGGCACACGCUUAACCCGGAUUGCUAUUUUUACUUUUGUCGUUUCUUAAGUAAAAGCUCUAUUGGUAUGUAUGCCAGUUUUUUUUUCUUUUCAAGAAGCAAGAGAUUGUCAUUGUAACAUUUUCCUAAUUUAUGGUUCCACACGUUGGGACCCCUAUAGCCCGGGGCCCUGUAUCAUUGAUACGGCGCGAUAUAGCGGUAGCUAUGCCACUGCACAUUAGUGUUGAUAAAAAGUACUCGACCGUUUGUUCAUGCCAACUUGCCUUUUAUGUCAGUAAUAUGUUCAACUAUACUGUUCAACCGAAUGAAGACAUUGGAGAAAUUACUUGAGAUCUUAGUCUUAAGGUUAAACUUUUUUACUUUUGAGGAUCGUAGUGUUUUAAUCUUUUUAGUUCGUAGAAAAUAGUACCUAUAAGGCUUAGGAAACUAGUUAAGUGAACCAAGCUAAUUUUUAUCUAGGUCCAAAUAGUGUAAUUGUGUACUUGGUUACCUAUUCAUAAAGAUAAAGCAUGCUUGUAACUACCUACCUAGUUAAAGUAUGUUUUGUCACUUUGACACUAACAAAGUAUUUCAACAUGCUUUCUUUCGUAUGAAUAACAGCGUUAGGUAAUAAGUUACAAAUAUUUUUAUUUACGAUGGUCAAUUAGGUGCAAUACCUAAUGUAAUGAUAAGUUCAGUUCUAAUUUAAGCAAACUGCCUAAGGCGCAAAUAAAACUUAAGCAUAAUAACGUAGGCAUGGACGUAUAAAAUUAUACGUCCAUGAAUAUAGGUAUAAUUUUAAGAUUCUGUGUUUAGUAAGUAAAUGCCUUUCUUACUCUCUUAUUCUUUUCAUUGGCAAAUUAUUUCGCCUGAUUUUGACUACGAGGAAGGUAGUUAUAUACCUGAUUUUUUUCUGAUUUUAUUAGUACCUAUAGGUAAUAAGUAGUAAAUUAUAGCUUUACUAUAAUUAAGUUUGAUCACUGAUACCGGAAAUUUUAUUCUAGUCCGGAAGGGGUCCCUAGAGUACCUACCUAUCUGCCUAAACUUGAUGAGGUCCAACCAGACGUGUAGACUGUAGACGUACUUGUGACUGACGACGAAGACACCGACAGCCGCGGCGUGAAAGUAGGACCAAAUGAAAAACUAACCGUUGAUCACUGAUUUUGUAUUGAAUGUAAGUAGGUCUACAUUAACCCCACAUUGCGACAAUAUUAUCAACAAUAUAGACUCUGAAUUCUCUAUAUACUCAAGGUGGAGAUUAAUAAAGUACCUCCCGGUCAAACCCAAAAUUUUGACCAUUUAAGAAUAACAUUCCGAACAUCGUGCCAUGCCAUGUUAUGAUGUUUAUCUUAGGUCUUAUUAAAGACUGGAAAAAAUAAAAGAAAAAACGAUAAUUACUUGGCCCUACUUUUGCGCGCCAUCAAUCGAAGUCUUGAUUAUAAAGUUUACGUCUAAAAAAAUCACGGAAUUAGUAGGUGUAGGUGUAGUGGGACUCCCUCUAGAGUAUAGAUCUAGCUCUAGAUAUUUUUCAAUACAAUGUAUUUUACCUUUA